CUGUCCUGUCCAUCCCACCCAACUUUCUCUCCAUUUCUGAAUUUUUUCCAUGCCCUGUUCCUCUUAAUCGGCUUCAAAUUAACACCGUUUCGUCUGCACACUCGCUUAAAGAUCUCCAAUCAUGGCCGUUGAACUCAUGGGGUUCGCCAAGAUGGACGAUCAGAUGGCCAUACGGCAUGCUGCAUCGCAAGGAUUGAAGAGCAUGGAACACCUAAUCCGCCGCAUGUCUCGCACAUCUAACCAAUCGGACUGUGCCGACCUUACUGACAACACAGUCUCUAAGUUCAAGGAAGUCAUUUCGCUUCUCAACCGGACUGGACACGCCCGGUUCAGACGCGGUCCGGCUAACUCCUCCUCUUCCGCCUCCACCUCUUCGUCGGGAUCAGGGGCGUUUCAUCCUGUCGCUCGCUUACACACUCAGUCUUUAGCUCCGGCUCCGGCCACUGUUCGUCCGCCGCCGGUAUUUAAUCCGGCAACCUUGCCACAGUCCCGGAUCGCUGCUCCUGUCAGUUUUGUUCAGUCACAGUCGCAGACUUUGACUCUUGACUUCACAAAACCUAAUUUGUUCACAUCUAAUGCUAAGAGUACCGAGCUGGACUUUUCGAAAGACACGUUUAGCUUGUCAUCGAACUCGUCGUUCGUGUCCUCAGCUAUCACCGGAGACUGCAGCGUUUCGAACGGAAAGGAAGGAUCCUCGCUCUUACUUCAUCAGGCAGUCUCCGCUGGGAAACCGCCGCUGUCAUCGGCUCCUUACAAGAAAAGGUGCCGCGAUCACGAUCGCCCCGACGAUGUCUCCGGCAAAUUCUCUGGAUCCGGCGGCGCCGAGUGCCAUUGCGCUAAGAGAAGAAAAAAUCGGGUGAAGAAAAGCAUUAGAGUCCCUGCAAUCAGCUCGAAAAUCGCCGAUAUUCCACAGGACGAGUACUCAUGGAGAAAGUAUGGUCAGAAGCCGAUCAAGGGUUCACCCUACCCGAGGGGUUAUUACAAGUGCAGUACGAUGAGAGGGUGCCCUGCGAGGAAACACGUGGAGCGGGCGUUAGACAAUCCAACGAUGCUGAUAGUAACUUAUGGAGGGGAGCACCGUCACGGCCCCCAGGUUGCGAUGGGGCAAGGGGAGUGGGGAAUUAAGUAAGUGGGGGGAGUUUUUGUUACCUUACAAUUUUACAUAUACAUGGGUUUAGUCGGAGAGGGAGGGGAGGGGAGGGGGGGGGGGGAGGGUUUGGAUGUAAAUUUAUGAAUUAACGGAGAGGAGAGGAGAGGAUCUUACAUGGGGUUUAUGGUGUCAUGUCAAUUUGUGUUUGAUAUUCGUUGUUAGUUUUAAUAAUUUUGAAAGCUUCAAAGUGAAGUCAUAAUUUGAUGUUGACUUAUUAAUUUGAUUGGCCACGUCAUGGUAGUUAAAUGUUUUUGGAGCUUUUGUGUA